GUGCUGAUAUCAGAGGAUUUUCUGUUGGCAUUGAAAAAAAUACACUGAGUUUGGAGUCUGUAGCUGCUUUAAUAGAGAAGAGUGAAAAACCAUUUGUGGCUGCUAUUGAAGACAUAGCUUUCGGAGGAGGCCUGGAGUUGGCACUGGGCUGUCAUUAUAGGAUUGCAAACAUGAAGGCUCAAUUUGGUUUGCCGGAAGUCAAAAUAGGUUUACUUCCUGGAGGCGGUGGGACUCAACGGCUUCCACGAUUGAUUGGGAUACCAACUGCACUUGAUAUGAUCACCACAGGUAAAUAUGUGCCAGCUACUGAAGCACUGAAACUGGGGCUCUUAGAUGAGAUUGUUGAAGAAAAUCCAUUUGAAGCAGCUAUAAAGUUAGCACGAAGAAUAUUGGGUUUGGGGACAAUGGGCCAAGGCAUUGUGGUAUCUCUGGUGAAGGCUAAAAUUCCAGUUGUGGCUUUGGAGAAGGAUAAGAAGCAUCUUGAAAUAGCAAGGAAAGCUAUCAAAGCUUCUUUGGAGCGUGAAACUUUAAGAAUGCAACAGAAGGGCAAAACACUGGACAUCCAUAAAUCUAAAUUACUUCACUUCACUCUGGAUUUUGGUGCACUAAAAGAUGUAGAUCUAGUUAUUGAGGCUGUGUUUGAGGAUAUGGUUCUGAAAAAAGAAACGUUCUGUAAAUUAUCCGAAAUCUGCAAGCCAGAAGCCUUUUUGGGCACUAAUACUUCUUGCCUGGAUAUAGAUGAGAUAGCUUCUAUUACUAACCGUCCCCAGCAAGUCAUUGGUACUCAUUUUUUUUCACCUGCACAUGUAAUGAAGUUAAUAGAGAUCAUUCGUGGACAGCACACAUCUCCUACUGCUAUUGCUACAAUUAUGAACCUGGCCAAAAUGAUGGACAAAUGUGGUAUUGUAGUAGAAAAUUGUUUCGGCUUUGUUGGGAACCGGCUACUCAGUUCUUAUACUGAACAAACAUAUUUCCUUUUAGAAGAGGGAAGUACUCCAGAGGAGAUGGACAAAAUUCUAGAGGAAUUUGGUUUCAAACUGGGUCCUUUCAAAGUAUCUGAUCUGGCUGGGCUUGAUGUGGGCUGGAAAUCUAGAAUAGGGCAGGGCCUGACAGGAGUCAACUUACCCCUUGGAACACCUCCCCGCCAACGAGAUGGUAAGCGUUAUAGUCCUCUUCCUGAUAUCCUAUGUGAGAAUAGGAGAUAUGGUCAGAAAACUGGAAAGGGCUGGUACCUAUAUGAUAAACCUGGGGGAAAGAUAGCAAAGUCUGAUCCUUGGCUUCACAAUUUCCUUCAAAAUUACAGAAAGGCCCACAACAUGACAACUCGCACCAUUACCCAAGAGGAGAUCUUGGAGCGUUGUCUGUAUUCACUUGUCAAUGAGGGUUUCCAAAUAUUAUCUGAAGGAAUUGCAUCUUGCCCAGAAGCCAUUGAUACCAUCUAUCUCAAUGGUUAUGGGUGGCCCAGACAUAAGGGUGGUCCAAUGUUCUAUGCUUCUGAGGUCGGGCUGCCCAAGAUUCUAACAAAACUGCAAAAGUAUGCUGAGGCUAAUCCUGACAUACCUAAACUACAACCCAGUCCCUUUCUGCAGAAACUCGUCACUCUUGGUAGCCCUCCGUUGAAGAACUGGCCGUCACUUGUGAGUCCCCAGCAAAGCAAGUUAUAAUUAAUGAUUCCUGAAAAUCAUCAUCUUUCCAUGCAAGUGGGAGGGUUUUCUUUUCCUACCUUAUUCUAAAAAAGCUUUGGGAUACAUGUAAAUGUUCUCAUGGGUCAUUUUUAAGCUCUCCUUAUUGUUAGACUUGGGGUGCUACCAUCCUUGUGAAGACCAUGCAUCUCAGGGAAAACCAAUGGGAACAAUGCCUUUUUAAUAUUCCUUAGCAUUUAAUGGAAACCUGGAUGAUUGCGUAGAUGAUUGGGAGAAAGGAUACUUGCACCAAUGCCCUUCAGAGAAUGGCAGAAUAUAACCUAUGAUAAGCUCAAUGAAAUCCUUUUCUUCUUUGAAAGAAAUUUACAAAGCAAAUUAUCUUUC